AUGCCUCGGAACCGUAGGGAUUCUCAAGGGUUGAAGUCGGCACGCUUCGCCAUGUCUAACAGUACAACUAUUCCGGAGACGACGCCUCCGUCCUCCUCACCUAGCUUGCCUACUACGUCUUUACCGUCGUCUUCGUCGGCACCUUCGUCCUCGGCGCCGCCUACUACUUCCUCGAUACCCUCUUCGUCUUCUGCGCCCCCAUCAAGCAGCGCACCGCCCCCUUCCAGCACACCACCCAGCGUCGUCACGACCGUAAUCACCCCUUCGGGCGGAGGUACCUCUGUCAUCACCAGCUUCAUCACCACAGGAGUUCCCUCACCUACCGAUACUGGCUCCUCGACUUCGGCCCCGACUACUUCGUCUACGAGUACACCUGUUGGCCCUUCCAAAGGCGACAGCGGGGGUCUGAACGACAGCGGGAAAAUCGCCAUUGGCGUCGUCGUCCCUAUUGCCGCUGUAGCCCUGCUUGUACUGGCCGGUAUCUUCUGGUGGCGUAAGCGGAAGCAGCGCAAGGAUGCCGAAGAACAAAGGCGGAAGGAGGUAGAGGACUACACCUACAACCCCAAUGCCGACCCUACUAUUCCAGCCGUUGCCGGAGGCGGCUCUGCGGGUGCAUAUGAGAUGAAGGAGGAUGCAUCCUCAGGCUAUCGUGGAUGGGGCUCUACGACUGUCGCCGGUUCUACGGGCAGGAAGGCUUCGACCACCAUGUCUGGCGGUGCUGCUGGCGUUGCUUAUUCUGAUGCUACCUCGCCUACUCGAGGUGGUGUGUCGGACUCUCGUUCCGGGGAGCCCCUCAACGAGGGCAGUCACUCUCCCGAAGGUGAGAUCUUGGGUGCCAUGGGUCCAUCUGCUGCCGACAACCGAGGCGCCAACGUAGCCCGCGGCCCAUCAAACGCCUCGUCAUCGUAUAGUGCCGGUGCCAGGUCUGACGGUUCUGGAGAAGGCGGCAUUGGGGUGGCGUACAGCAACCCCGAGUACUACAACCAGCACGGCAGCAACAACCCCUACGCAGAGAACAACGGCCAGCGCCCAUCGGAGCUUGGCGGCGCCCCCGUCAUCCGCGACAACCCAGCACGCCGCAACACUCGCAUUGAGAAUCCCGCACACUAUCCGCAAAACGCUGGCAUCUCGCAAAACUUCUAA